UUUUCAUUUCCUUUUUCUUUUCAAACCCACAGCAUUUUCCCUUAUAUACACUUUGCAUUCAGCUCUCUUUCAAACAAUAAACUCCGUGCUCAUUUCGACGAUGUCGAAUCGAAGGUCGUCCAGGCAGUCUGCCGGAGGCGUUUCCCGGAUUUCCGACGAUCAAAUCAUUGAACUUGUCUCCAAGUUAAGGCAGCUUCUUCCGGAGAUCCGCAAUAGCCGAUCUGACAAGGUAUCAGCAUCCAAGGUUUUACAAGAGACAUGCAACUAUAUCAGGAACUUGCAGAAGGAGGUGGAUGAUCUAAGUGAGCGUCUCUCUCAGCUCUUGGCUACCAUUGACGCCGACAGUGCCGAGGCUGCUAUAAUUAGGAGUUUACUUGUGGAAUAAUAAAACCCAACUUAUUAUUAUUACAGUAGGGUUCGGUGUCAGUAGAACAAAUAUUUUAAGACGCAUGUGCGUACUGUAAUUACUUGGUAUUACAAGAUGACUGGCACUAGCAAAGCCUUUGAUUGUAAUGCCAAACUCAUCUCCAAUUUAGAACAACAUCGAUUAUGAGUAUGUUUAAACCUUUUUCAUAUAAAUAAAACAAAUUAUAUCAUGAUA